ACAACUACAAUCUUUCCCGAUUUACAGACCCUAACGAAUUUGAAACGAGCUAAACUUGGCUGAUUAGCAAGAGCAAGAAACAAUUGAUACAGUUAUGUUGGUUGCUGUAUGAUGCAAGAUUCUCAGCUGUAUUAAGCCUCAAUUUGACAGACUGCGCCAGCGAGGUUUGGCAAUCGCUGUCUUCUCCGCGAAGACUCUGACAUACAAUGGCUUGGCGACUUCCUUAAGGAUAUAGCAUGCAGCUAGCAUAGCAAAUAUGCACGAGCGGGGCCGGCCGCGGCAAGACGCUGCUGCACGGCGUUCUGUCGAUGCACCGCGCCCACAGCAGUCCUUUGACCGGACCUACGAGGGUAGCCCGCAACCUCAAGGGAAUCCCAUCGUCAUGCAUGCCUCAGCAGCAUUCAUACCAGGCGUGUCUGCGGGUUCUCCGCGCAGCACGCUGGUGAUAACUGGGGCGGACCUGGCUAUCCAGCCUUUUCCGCAGUUGCAAACAGGGCCCUUCCAGAGCGCAGUCUUCGAGCCUGAAAGCAAACCUCUGGCACAAGAGGGUCCUCUCACAUACUACCCGUCGUACAGCACUGUUGACCCGCAGCACAAGUGGCAGCGUAUACGUGACUGGGCCUCCCAGGACAGCGUUACGGCAUUGGAGCCAGCUGCGCCGGCUACCGCGCAAGACCGCGCGGAGCCGUCGUUCCUGUCAGCUGGACCUGCCGGGCUCCACGGCGGCGGUGGCAAUGCCAGCGCCGCGAUCGCAGCUGGCUCCCCCAACCCGCUGCCGUCAGGGGCGGGCGGUGCAGGCUCGGACUCGUCAGCCAGCAUAGACUCCACCCUACUGGAGAUGGAGCUGGAGCGGGCACGCGCCAGCCUCCGUGUGGCCACCGCAGGCGCCGCUGGCCGGCUCUCCGCAGAGGGGAGCGUAGGCAGGCUGUUCGGUGGCGCGUCUACUACUUUUGGAGCGCCGCCCGCGCCCGGACCGGGGCCGCGGCCUGGCCUGGCAGCAUCACGGGAGCCCAGUUUCGCCGGUUUAGGGCCUGUGCCCAGCACCGGUAGGGUGGCGCCCCACCCACCUGGCCAGCACGUCACAGCUCGGGCGGACACGUUCCAAGCAGGGCUCGGGGCCAUCGGGGAGAUGUCUGCACUGCUCAACGCGUCGUUGGAAGGCUCCGUGUUGGCGGCCGGGGCCGGAGGCACGGUCACGGCGGGCCGGACGGGCGCAGCGGGGUCCGUCGGCAUCAGCGGCUAUGUGCACAGCAUGCAGCACGCACACGCGGCUUUCAGUGUUGAGAGGGCGGCUCUCGAGGCGCGCUGCCGCGCCGCUGAGGAGGCGCUCAGUGCUGCGGAGCGUCGCCACGCGGCCGCAUUGGAGCCCCUUCAGAGUCGCGUCUCGACGCUCGAGACAAGCCUGGCGGCUGAGCGGCAGCUGUGCGGGCAGCUUCAAGAGCAGCUGCAGGUGGAGCUGCAGCGCCUUCGCACGGCGACCGAGGGCGAGACUGCCGCACGGGCGGCCGAGGCGGCAGCACGGGAGAUGCUUGCUGUGUCCGGACAAAGCCUCGAGGUGGAGCGGCGCCGUGUAGAUGACGCGGCUGCCAAGGCUGCGGAGGCUUCCCGGGAGGUCACGAGCCGCAUCGCGGCUCUGGAGGAGGAGCGGUCGGGCUUGGAGAAGCAGCUCAAGCAGGAGAAGAAUCACGCUUCAGGCCUGCACAAGCAGCUGCGUGAGGCCCAACGGCAGGAGCAGGCGCUGCUCGAAAAGCUGGGCGCCAGCGAGGGUGCACGCCAGCAGCAGGAGAUGCGGCUCGAGGCCGCUGCGGAGCAGGUUUCGGCCAUGCGCAGCGAGCUGCAGCUGCUGAACGCCAAGCUUGCGGCACGCGACAAGCAGCUACUUCAGCACGUCAAGGAUGUGGAGGAGACGCAGCUCGCGUCGCUGCGCACUGAGCUGGCAGCGGCGCAAUCGAGGGCGCAGUCAUCGGAGGCCGCGUACUCGCAGCUUCGCAGCACCCUGGCAGCUGUGCACGCCGCCAUGGGCCCGCAGGCCCUGGCUGCGGCAUUCGGCUACUCCGAGCAGCUGCUGUCUGGGCUGUCCGCCGGCGCCGCCGAGUACGGCGGCCUGGCUGACCGGCUCAUGGCGGCCCGGGUGGUGGCGGAGGAGGACGGCAAGGCGGUGGUGACGCGCAUCAAGGAACUGGUGGCCAUGACCCGGAACCUGUACAUGACGGCUGAGCGGCGGGAGGUGGCGCUGUCCACGGAGAUGGAUUCCGCCAUGGCGACCCUGCGGCAGACCAACACGGACGCUGAGGCUCGGCUCGCAAGCUGCAACACAGCCCUGCGCACCACCACGCAGCGUGUGGAGGAGCUGACCAACCACCUGCAGGAGAGCCGAGCGCGCUGCAGCGAGCUCGAUGCCGCGGUUCAGGCGGCGAGGCAGGCACUGGCUGUGGAGCAACAGAGCGGCGAGGGCCUGCGGGCAACUGUGUUGGAGCUGCAGGCAGAGAUGUCGCGGCUGCGAGUGCGAGUGGCGGACACGGAAGGUGCUGAGCGGGAGCUGUCCUCCAGUCGCGGCCAGGUAGCUCAGCUGCAGUCGCUCACGGCGGCCCUGCAGGCGCAGGUGGAGCAGCUCGGCGGCAUGGCGGAGCGGAGCGGGCAGGCCGUGGAGACCAAGGACGAGCGCAUAAGGGAGCUGCGCACCGCUCUGGCCGCUGCCAUGGACGGCGCCUCCAAAGCGGAAGGCCACGCAAACGCUCUGCUGCGCCAAAAGCAGGAGGUUGCGGACGCACUGGAGGCGGAGCGCCGGCGCUGCGCUGACCUGGAGAGCGUGGUCAAGGCCUCCGAGCACGAGCUUGAGCGCGUGCGCUCCGAAGCGGACGCCGCUGAGGGCGCGUUUGCGCAGCUGAGUCAGCAGGUGGCAGAGGCCACCAGGCUAGCGGUUGCGCAGGCGCGGGAGAUGCAGCAGGGCAGCAUCGGAUCUGGCAGCAGUCGUGAUGCACCUGCUCACACGUCACCCAUGCUACUGUACGCCACGUCCGAGCACCUGGAGCGGGCUUGUGUGGAUGCGGCGGGUCAGCUGACGGCGCUGGAGGCUUACUUGGCCGCUCGGGGCUACCAAGGUGCCGGUUGGCAGCAGCGGCCCGGAACAGCGUCCAGCCGCAGCGGGCCCUGGCAGGACAGUGCCGGCCGUGCAGGGACGCACGGGCAGGCGGCGCCAGAGGCACUCGUGGUGGCGGGCGAGCUGGAUGAGGCGCCUAAGCUGUGUGUGCGGGCGCUGCUGGCGUGCAUGCGCCAGCUGCACGCGCAGCAGGCGCUCACGCACCAGCAGCUGAUCACCGCGCAACAGCACCUCCGGAGCGUGCAGCCAGAGGGCAGCGGCGUGCACACGCCCGCGGCCAUCGCUCGCAGCAUGGGCAGGACGCUGUCGACGCCUACCAAGUCCGGAACCUCAGGUCAACAACAGCAGCAGCAGCAGCAGCAGCAGCAGUACGAUGCCACACUGGCACUACCCGUGCACGAACUCGCGGUAGCUGUAGCAACUUUGGCGGAUGCUGCACGUCAGGUAGGAGGGCAUGCUUCGCACGCCUCAACGUAAGGAACUAAGCGAACUAGGUU